AUGGGAGUGAUAAUACGUAACCAUGAAGGGGAUAUACUUGCUGCGAAAUGUUUUUACAGCCGGGGAUGUUUGAAACCCACUGAUGCCAAAGCCCUUGCUGCUAUGGAAGCAACUCAAAUUUGCUGUGAGCUUGGGUAUGACUGGAUCAAAUUCGUGGGAGAUGUGAAAUUAAUAGUGGAGGCGGUGAACUCUGAUGAGCAGGAUUGGAGUAAAAAGGGACACAUAAUUGAUGCUAUACAUUCAAGCGUUCGAACCUUCUCUCAUUGGACUUUUUCCCAUGUUAACGGGGAGGCAAACUGGGUAGCUCAUGAGCUAGCCACAUUAGCAACUACACCGAACAAGGAUGAGUUGUGGUUCUCUGAUCCACCCACAUGUAUUCAGAAACUUAUUGUUUCUAAGAAAUCUGUACUCCCAACGUGA